AAACACCUGACAGUUUAUUUAUCGCGUUUUAUUUCAGCUAUAUAAUUUUACUAUAAACUUAGCUAUUUUUUUAUGCUUCUUUUUAUAAUAUUUUCGCAUUUUUUUCUAAAUUUCAUAACUUUUAAGUCAACCAUUGUAAAUAGAAUGUUAUGAAUAUCUGUUACACAUGAAAAAUAUUUUAAUAAAUCUAUUAUUAUUUCAUAUUUGUUUUGUAAGUUAUUGCUAUUCGGAUAUUCGAGGAUGGGGUUACAUUAAUUUACAUUGCCGAGACAACGACAAUGCUCCGGUUGACUGGUGGUAUAUUUACAAGCCUCCCAGCGAUGUGGUGCCCUUCUUCGAGUUUGGUCGUAACUUUACAUUUAUAACACCGGAGUCUAAGGGACGGUGGCAGCAAUCAAGGAAAUAUAUAACGUCUAAUUCCAUGCUCCAACACACACUAGCUCCUAUAUACAGGCCAACUUACACAGACUAUCUCGCCGUUGCGGUGUACGAUGAGCGCAAGGGUAACAAACGUGUCUCAGGAUCUCUCUCACGAGGUGUGCUCAUGGCUGAUGAGAUGGGCGGUGUUUGGUUACAUCAUACAGUUCCAGGACUUGUUGAUUUAAACAGCGAUCGUCCGACAUUCCCUGAAAGCGAGAGUUCAUAUGGGCACCUUAUUAUGUGUCUCUCAAUUGACUUAGACACUAUUAAUUCGAUAGCAUAUAAUUUGAGAAACGUAUACCCAAAGCUGACGUAUUUAAAAAUACCGAAAAUAAUACAGAAUUUAGUUCCCAAUUGGAGGUCACUUGAGGUACCAUUAAAGAGUAACGUUAUAAAAAGCCAGGCCUUAAUUCCGCGCGACAAUUCAAUAAGAGUAGAACUCCUCACACGACCUCCUGGUGACAAAGAUUCUAUAUAUAAGGCGUUCGCAAACUCCAAGAAUAUUAUUUUGGACGUCUUCGGACAAAGAGGAUCGUUGUGUAAAAAAAAUUAUGGCGUCCGAAGUAUUCAGAGUAUAUCAUUGAAAUAUCCAGAAAAGGUUUAUUACUUGAACAACAAAACAGACAAAAUGCAUUUCGCUGUGAGCACAGCAGCUCAUUGGCAGGUCCUGGGUUCGGGUCCCCGGCAGUACUGGACCUGUAUUAGUAAUUUAUUUAUGGACGAUAGACACGAUUUAGGAGGCGAUCUUGUUUGUGUCGAGGAUUAUAAAAUUUGGCUUACUUUUGACAAUUUGAAAGUCAAAGAGCCUGAAUGUUAGAUUAUUAUAAUUAUUGAAUGAAAUUUGUGCUUUUUUAUUUUAUUUAUUUUGGAUAAACUGAAAAUAAUAUAUUCAAGUUGAGAAUUUAAUGAUAUCAAUAAAAUUUGUAUCACAAAAA